AUUCAAUUGUUUUACAUUAACAUUUACCGUCAACCAGGACAGUAAUCAUCAUCAUCUUAACAUUUAUUGUUUAUGUUUUCUUGUUCAUCAUCUUUCUUUAUUAUCAUCAUCAUCGACUCACUCUUAAUUUGUUCACUCACUUUCCAAGUUUCUCACAGACAAAUUAACAAUAAACUGGCCACUAUCCAAGUUAAUCAACUGGCGCAAUAAAUAAUAUUGACUUUUGGCUGAUCCUGUUGAAUGGCUCAUAUUUGAAGGAAUGAACAUUGGAAAUAUUUACAAUAGUUUAAUAUUUUGCUGAUUUUUUUCGUUUCUUCUGGUCAUCUGUAACUUGGCAAUUACUUGAUCAACCAACUGAUUUGAUAGCAAUUUAAAUUUACACAACGGCGUCAACAACGGUUCCACCAUUAAUCACGUCAACGACGUCAACAGAAAGGGAAAAGGUUACGAGGAUAAAGUACGGAUAGGACAAGGAGAGACGGUCAAUUGAAUCAACUGUUGCUGGAAAUAAUCACUUUUAUUUUUGAACAAUCAAAAUGAUAAUGGAUUUGAUCCAUAAGCAAUUUAAUGCUGAUGUAAUUGAUUAUGGUGUUGGUAACACGUUUGGUACCAACAUAGUCAAUAUAAUUGGUAACAGUAUAAACGGUGAUUCGGUUAAUCAAGGCACUCAGGUUAUUACACCUAACAAUGGUUCUGGCAAUUUAACUGAACAUGCUAAUGGUGCAACCAAUUUGGACAUUACUUUGGAUGAAAUAUUUUUACAAUCUUAUUACAAUGAACCAUUCUUUGAUGAUCUGGAUAAAGAACCUGCUCUUUCUAGAUUUGAAUUAGCAGGCUAUUCUUGUGAAGAUCCAUUGGCUGCUUCAUCAUCAUCGUUGACUUCCUCAUCACCCUCAUCAUCCUAUUCUGAUUGUCAUUCACCUAUAAAUGGAACCAUGGCUAAUUAUUAUGGUGAUGAGGAUUUUAAUGCUGGAACCGGUGACUAUUUGGUUCUCGACGAUGACCGUGAUCUUGUUGUUCUUGGUGUCGGUUUGGAAAACCUUUCCCGAGCAUUUGGCCGAGGUGGUGAUCAUUUUUAUCACAAUGGUAAUGAAAUUGAUUGUUCCGCUAUCAAUGCAGCUAAUGUUAAUCAACAUCACCAUGUCCACCACCUUGAUAAUGGUAAUUUGUACAACCAUGUUUACAAUAACAAUGGUCAAGGAUCAUCCGAAUGUGCAAAUUAUACUUUGAUUGGUGGUUACAAUAAUAGUACAACCAAUCAUAAUCAAAAUCAUACCCAUUUAAAUGGCAACUCUAACCAGUUAUCACAUUCAAUUUAUCCAUCGACAGUAAUCAAUGGAAAUAUCAAUUAUGCUGUUCCGGGUAAUGUUAAUGAAUCCUCUUUACAAGCAACAUAUCAAGAACAGUCUAACAUUCCAGUAAUUAAUAAAAGACAGCUAAUUAAUGGUCGUACUGGCAUUCGAGCUGGACCGAGUGUUAUAAACUCUCCAUUACCACCAGUAUCCACUAUUAUGUACCACAGCAACAAUCAUGUUAAUAACAAUGGUAACAUUCCGGGACGAACUCAUGCGCCCAUUAAGCCCUUGGAGUCAACAAUAAUCAUGUCCACAAGCAAAGGAUCUCAGCCUAUUCCAGCUGCUCCUUCAGUUAACAAGAGAGGCCAAGGGCGUCGAGGUCGGGCUUCAAACUCAGUCUCUUCAUUCUAUUCAUCAUCACCCUCUUCUUCACCUUCUUCAAUUUCAUCUUCAAGUCCUCCAUCCUCAGCACCCUCUUCAUCACCAUCCAAUCAUGCAACUUCCUCAGGUGCAGCAACAGGCACAUCUGAUGAAAAAAUUUACGUUUGUACGUAUGAAGGUUGCGAUAAAAGAUACUCAAAAUCGUCUCAUUUGAAAACACAUCAUCGUCGUCACACCGGAGAGAAACCGUUUGUCUGUAAAUGGCCAAAAUGUAAUUGGAAGUUUAGCCGAUCAGAUGAGCUUUCACGCCAUGCAAGGUCACAUACAGGCCAUAAACCAUACUCUUGUGCCAUAUGCAGUAGACGCUUUUCACGAUCCGAUCACUUGACAAAACACUUGAAAACACACUGGAAAGAUUUUCCUGAAGAGGUCAGUCGCUAUCAAAUGAUUCCUCAGAGGAAAGGUCGAUGUGGACGUCGACCUGCAAAUGCGGCAAAUAACCCAAACAACCCUGAAAAUGUUGUUGUUGAUAGCAAUACUAAAAAUUUGAACGAUGUCAACAUUAAUAAUGAAGCCCGAAAUAUGGACACUAAAGUCAAUAAUAAUGUAUCAGUUGUUGUUGGACCAAUGAUGGUUGGAGAAACGGUGAACAUAAAAAUGGAGACAAAUUGUUCAACAAGCAACGAUUCAAAAUUAUGUUGACAAGUAUCAGGACAAGGAUACAAUCAACAAGAAAGAUCAACAACUAUCAACUGAUUAAAAUCAGUAAAUCAAGUUGAAAGCAAAAAUUACAAACUCAAUAUGCCAAUUGAGUUUUAAAAAAUGUACAUCAAAAUGUCUUUGAUUAACUGUUUUUACUUGCCUUAGCAAUUGCCAUUACACUCUUUUUUUUACUCAUUAUUUCUAGAUUCUAGUUAACAUGUUUUUCACUUGUCCAUUUUUCGUGUCCAUUUUGUUUUAAUUGUUUGUUAAACUCCAUUCAAAUUAGUUUUAAACUUACUAGGCUUUUACCUAGUAUACAGUUUAAUCCAGAAGUAGGAUCAAAACUCAAUCCGGAUCAAUUUGAUAAUUACAUGUUUUCUGAUAAAAACUGACUCGAAAUGGAAAACAUUUUCACUGAUUAAUCAUCAACCCAUUGAAAACAAUGUUCAAAUCAUUCCGUCCCUUUACAGUAUGUUAAUUUGGUUUACUCGUCCAAUUUGGCAAUAAGACAAUAUGAUUAACAGAACUGGUUAAUGAAACAAAAACGUUAACUGGUUUCUUUGUCUUUAUAUGACUUGAUUAUCACCUUUUUACCCAUUGAUCGUCAUUUUUUAUUUGUAUUGAUUUGAUACAACAGAAACAAAGUAUCAUUAUCAUGAUUAUUCACUUAUUUUGAUAUACAUUUUCAUUAUAUUUUUGUUUUUACAGUUUACCUUUUUCUGUGUUAAUCUGUCUCCAUCUUAUCAAACUAUCUGAUAUUUUUUUAAACAUGGAAAUGUGAAUAUUCAAUUGUUUCAAUCAACAUUUUGAAUGAUUUGAGAAAUUUGGAGCAACUAAUAAACACCAGCAGUCUCAAGGUUCAUCGAUUAAACAUAAUCAUUUCACUGUCCAUGAUAAUUUGCUCAUUAGUGAUAUUAAUCACCUUUCUAUUUAAUCUCAUCUAUUCACUAAAUUGCUCUUUAAUUUCCCGUUCAAACAUUCAAGUUUCAUGUUGAUUUUUACAUGAUUAACUCAUUUUUCCCUUCAAAUGUGAAACCAUUUUCAUUUCACUCAAAAUUGUUUGGUAUCUCUUUUAACUGCUAAUAUUACUCCAUGUUAAGCUUGUAUUGUAUCUAAACUGUAUUUAAGUAUUCAAUACUUUACCUUUUUCCAAUCAACAAACUCAAGGAAUUACAAUUUAGCAGCCAACUGAUUGUCAAGUUUACCAUUGCACAGUAAAACUAUCACAUCAUCACUUUUAACCGCAAUAUUUGGGUAUACCUUUUGAACAAAAAGCUUUGGCUUUAUUUUAUUUUUUUUUGCUGAAUAAAUUGUCACAUGUCAAAUUUAAAUGAUGUUUACAUAUAUUGUUGAAUUUAUCGUUGGGAUUUAUGUACAAAAUCACCAUCAAAACGUUGAUUGUAUGAGAUGAAGUUCAUCUUGAGCUUAACAUUUGUAGCUUACCAUUUUGAGAUUAGCGCCAUUUUCAACAGAUGGAGGUUUACGUGGAUCAGUUUUGUCAACAAUUACUAGCAUUCAAUCGAUGAAACAUUCACAGAAUUAAUGUUAACUAAGAUUAUGGUCAACAGUUUUGGUUAAAUAAUUGAACAGAAAGAAAUAAAUCUUCAGAAAUUAAAUCUACAAUUGAUUUGUUUACUAAAUAAACUUGAUUCAGUCUGAGAUCAAAGUAUAUAGAUCUGAUAUUUUUAUGUGAAUAUUAGUCCUGGACUAGAUAUUUUGUGUAUGUUGCCACAUUUUUAAAAAGUGAAUUAUUAGUUUUUAUUUUGUUUUGUUAAUUCGUUUUAUUGACCUAACUUGAUUCCAGAAUGACCAUUCUAGAUAAUGAACCUUUCCUCAGUGAAUUAUGUAACAUGUUCAAUCGUAAUCGUAGCAAUGGGAAUACAAUUUACAUUACAAUGAAAAGAUAUACAGGAACCAAUAAGCCUACACCGAGAAAUGUGAAACCUGAAAAAGAUGAUAUUGGUGGAUCAACGGCUGAAAAGAAGGAUAAAGAUGUUGACUAUAUGUGUCUACUGCGUGCUAAGAUCGGUAAAAAAAAGAUUAGUACAGUAAUCCAUCCAAAGGACAUCAAUAAAUUCCAAUUAGCAUAUUCUAAUCUUUUGAAAGGUAAUCUGUAUGGGUUAUCCAAGAAGAAGGAAAAUGUCUAGGCUGUAUAAGUUAACUUAAGAUAUUGUAAGUGAAAGCAAAAAUGUUAUUUGUACUCAAUAAUUUCUAUUUUCAACAUAAAUAUUCUAAUUAAACUAUUUUAUCUCGUUUAAA